AUGACCCCCACACUCACCACCCUCCUCUGCCUGGGGCUGAGCCUGGGCCUCAGGACCAGAGUGCAGGCAGGGACCCUCCCCAAACCUACCCUCCAGGCUGAGCCAGGAUCUCUGAUCCCCCUGGGGAGCCCCGUGAACAUCACAUGUCAGGGGACUCUGGGGGAUGAGCAGUAUCGUCUGGAUAAAGAGGGAAACACACCUCCAUGGAAAACACAGAAGCCACCGAACCCCGGAGACAAGGCCACGUUCUCCAUCACACGGACGACAGACCAUGAUGCAGGGAGAUAUUGCUGUUACUAUCGCAGCCCCUCUGGCGAGUCAGAGCACAGUGACCCCCUGGAGCUGGUGGUGACAGGAUCCUACAGCAAACCCAGCCUCUCAGCCCUGCCCAGCCCUGUCGUGACCUCAGGAGGGAACGUGACCCUGCUGUGUCAGUCAAAGUACCCGACGAACACUUUUCUUCUGUCCAAGGAGAGGGCAGCCGAUCCCCCCCGUCUUCCAUCAGAGCACCAAGCUCAGCAGUACCAGGCAGAGUUCUCCAUGAGUCCUGUGACCUCCACCCACGGGGGCACCUACAGGUGCUACAGCUCACUCAGCACUGCCCCCUACCUGCUGUCACCGCCCAGAGCCCUGGAGCUGCGGGUCUCAGAAGGUGUCCCCAAACCCUCCAUCUGGGUGGAUCCUGGCCCCUUGGUCACCACGGGGAGCCCUGUGACCAUCUGGUGUCAAGAAUCUCUGCAGGCUACUGCCUACGUUCUAUAUAAAGAGAGGGGCUCUGAGCCCUGGGAUACGAAGACCCCACAGAACCUCAGCAACAAGACCGGUUUCCUCAUUGAAUCCUCCAGCUCACAGCAUGCAGGGCCCUACGAGUGUGCGUAUUACACCGCUGAGCGCAAACUCUCAGAACGGAGUGACCCCCUGCUCCUGGUGGUGACAGGAGUGGAGAGAGCACCCUCCCUCUCAGCCCAGCCAAGCCCUGUGGUGGCCUCAGGAGGGAGCGUGUCCCUCGUGUGUCGCUCACAGGACACAUCGGGCACUUUCCAUCUGCUGAAGGAGGGAGGAGCUGACCCGCCCCGACACAUGGAACCGCAAUCGAGGCCCAGUGCUGGGAGGACCUAUGCCCAGGCCACCUUCCCUGUGGGCCCCGUGAACUCCUCCCACGGGGGGACCUACAGAUGCUAUGGUUCCCCCAGAUCCUACCCCAAUCUGUGGUCACACCCCAGUGACCCUCUGCAUCUCGAGGUCACAGGUGUGCACAGGGAGCCCUCCCUCUCGGCCCAGCCGGGCUCCCUGGUGCUGCCUGGAGACAGCCUGACCCUGCAGUGUGGCUCGGAGGCUGGCUUUGACAGAUUCGCUCUGACCAAGGACCAGGGGCUCACACACCCUCAGCGCCUUGAUGGGCAGCACAGCCCCGACUUCCUGCUGGGCCAUGUGGACCACACCCACGGGGGCCGGUACAGAUGCUACAGUGGACACAGCCUCUCCUAUGCGUGGUCAGCACCCAGCGCCCCCCUGGACAUCCUGGUCACAGGAAUGUACACGAAACCCUCCCUCUCCAUCCUGCUGGGCCCCUCAGUACCCUGGGGAGCGAACGUGACCCUGCAGUGUGGAUCUGAGAUCUGGUUUGACACCUUCCACCUGUACCGGGAGGGGUCUCUGGAUCCCCCCCAGCACCUUCCUGUGCAGAAGACGACUGCACCCUCUCAGGCCAACUUCCCCAUCAGUCCUGUGACCUCAGCCCACAGGGGCACCUACAGGUGCUAUGGUUCACGCAGUGCCUCCCCCUACCUGCUGUCACAGCCCAGUGACCCCCUGGAGCUCCUGGUCUCAGGUCUCCCACGGCACCUGUACGUCCUGAUUGGGGUCUCGGUGGCCCUCAUCCUGCUGCUCUUUCUCCUCCUCUUCCUCUUCUUCCGACACCAGCGUCAGGGCAAAGGCCGGACAUCAGAUGCUGCCAUGAAGGACCCACAGCCUGGGGUAAGCGUGGAGCUGGACUCUCAGAACACGCACUAUGAAGACCCCCAGGAAGUGACGUACACCCAGGUGAACCCCUCAAGAUCAAGACCCAGAACGGGAAUGGACACCUCUCCUUCCUCACAGUCAAAGGAAUUGCUAGACGCAAGGGGCAGACAAGCAGAGAAGGACAGACGGAUGGACAGUCAGGCUGCUGCAUCGGAUGCCCCCCAGGACGUAACCUAUGCCCAGCUGAACCACUUGGCCCUCAGACGGGAGGAACCUGAACCCCGCUCCUCCCCACCAGAGGAACCCCCAGAGGAGCUCAGUGUGUAUUCUACUGUGGCCACCCACUAGCCCAGGGAGAUCACAGACCCCACACUACAGGAGACGGACCCCACAAAACAUGGGAGCUUCCCACAUGGACACUCAACAAGUGACCCCGGCCAUUUGGACACCUGAUGUGAACCCCUAGAAGCUCCUGGAAUUCUCUGGGAGUCAUCGGAUUCCACAGUCAGACAUAACCAAUAGCUCUACAUUUUGAAAUCAAAGCAACAGACUCUUCAAUAAUCAAUGCAUGAAUUUAGAACCAAAAUGGGAGUGAGAGAAUGUUUUAAACAAAUGAUCAUGUAAAUAUUACACAUCAAACCUAUGAAAUGGAAAAUUAAGAACCAUGAAUGAAUUCAUUAGGAAAGAUAAAGGUGAACACAUAGAAACAACCUACGUGUUCCACAGAUGACAAGACAAAUAUUACUCGGCCACAAAAAAAUGAUAUAUUGUCCAUUGCCACAACAUGGAUGGAUCUUGAGAGUAUCAUGUUAAGUGAAAUAAGUCAGUCAGAAAAGGACAAGAAAUACAUGACUUCACUCAUAUGUGAGUGAAAUCUGAAACUCUGAACUGUCCUGUAUAUUAAAUAUAUUGAAACUGUGAUUAAAACUUUUCCACCCAGCCACUGUGGCUCAGUGGUUGAGCGUCGACCCAUGCACCAAGAGGUCACUGGUUCGAUUCCCAGUCAGGGCACAUGCCCAGGUU